GGUUUAGGAUGUAGGCUUGCGUGAGUACGAACGCCAACCCCUUCGUGGCUUUAUGAAAGCCGAAAUCCUUAUGUGAGCAGAGCAGCUGUUUAAAACCCCGUUUGUUGCAGACGAGUAGCUCAUCUCGGAAGAACUGGGCUCGAAGACGGUUUUGUCUCUUCACCACAGUCAGUUCGGCUUGGGUUAUCCUUCAGCUUCAAUCUAUCUGUAUCCCCCUUCCUCGUGCGCACACCGCUUCAAAACACAAACCACGGGGACGAGCCAACGGACGUAACGUUAGCCGAGAAGGGAAGUGGAUCCGUCUUCUCUUUCAUCAGACAGAUGCUCCCAGCCGCCCAGCUUGACAGGAGUGAUGGGAUGUGUCAACUAGCAGAUGAGGCAGCCCUAGACGAUGUAAGCAGACUGAAGGAUUUAUCGGCAGUGUUCACAUUGGAGCGAGGCAGAGGUGGCACAGAGGAAGAGCAGGAGGAAGACACAAGAAUGGGUGUGGGGAAGAAUACUACCUCCAAGUCAAUGGACAGCAACAGCGAGGGUGGAAAACUUGAAGAGGAGGGCAAGCAUGGCGGAGAUUUCUACCCUAUUCCGGUGAUAGUAAACGGCUUGGGCGGUGCCAGUGGAGACCAGGAUACUGAAAACACAGAGCUCAUGGCCAUCUACACUAAAGAUAAUCAAGGAGCAGAAAAGAGCUCAAUGUCUGAGACGUUGGACAGCACCGCUAGUCUGGACGCAAGGAGGAUGGACAUGAUCUAUACCAUUGAAGAUACCCCACCUUGGUACCUGUGUGUGUUCUUGGGCUUACAGCACUACUUGACAUGUUUCAGUGGCACUAUUGCUGUGCCAUUCCUCCUCGCUGAGGCAAUGUGCGUCGGUUUUGAUCAGUGGGCCACCAGUCAGCUCAUUGGGACCAUCUUCUUCUGUGUGGGAAUCACCACCCUUCUACAGACCACACUGGGCUGCAGAUUGCCGUUAUUUCAGGCCAGCGCUUUUGCAUUCCUCGCACCAGCCAGAGCCAUCCUGUCACUGGACAAAUGGAAGUGUAAUACCACAGAGGUUCCAGUAUUCAACAGCACAGAGCUCCUCAACACAGAGCACAUCUGGCACCCCAGGAUACGGGAGAUCCAAGGGGCUAUCAUCGUGUCGUCCCUGGUUGAGGUAUGUAUUGGAGCGCUGGGUCUGCCCGGGAUCCUGCUGAAGUACAUUGGACCUCUGACCAUCACCCCCACCGUAACCCUUAUUGGCCUGUCUGGUUUCCAGGCUGCGGGGGAAAGAGCUGGAAAACACUGGGGUAUUGCUAUGUUGACUAUCUUCUUGGUGCUGCUCUUCUCUCAAUAUGCCAGAAACGUUCACUUCCCUCUCCCAGUCUACAAAGCCAAGAAAGGCUGGACUUCCUACAGGCUGCAGGUCUUUAAAAUGUUUCCUAUCAUCAUGGCCAUCCUGGUGUCAUGGCUGCUGUGUUUCAUUUUCACUGUGACUGAUGUUUUCCCGCCGGAGGUAGACAAAUAUGGCUACUACGCCCGCACAGACGCACGUAAAGGAAUUCUUGCAGCUGCACCGUGGUUUAAGAUUCCAUAUCCCUUCCAGUGGGGCUUUCCUACUGUAACAGCUGCAGGUGUGAUCGGCAUGAUGAGUGCAGUGGUGGCCAGCAUCAUCGAAUCUAUUGGAGAUUACUACGCCUGUGCACGUCUCUCUUGUGCUCCUCCGCCUCCCAUUCACGCCAUUAAUAGGGGGAUAUUUGUAGAGGGUAUUUCCUGUGUGCUGGAUGGUCUUUUUGGGACAGGAAAUGGCUCUACAUCCUCCAGUCCAAAUAUAGGCGUCCUGGGAAUUACAAAGGUGGGCAGCAGACGUGUUAUUCAGUAUGGAGCCGCAAUGAUGCUGCUGUUGGGGCUUGUGGGUAAAUUCAGUGCCCUGUUUGCCUCGCUGCCUGACCCUGUCCUGGGAGCGCUGUUCUGCACCCUGUUUGGCAUGAUCACAGCGGUGGGACUUUCCAACCUGCAGUUUGUUGAUCUCAACUCCUCCAGGAACCUCUUUGUUCUGGGUUUCUCCAUCUUCUUCGGUCUGACGCUGCCAAGCUACCUUAAACAGAACCCGCUGGUCACCGGCAUAGUUGGGAUUGACCAAGUGUUGAACGUGCUCCUCACCACUGCCAUGUUUGUCGGAGGCUCUGUCGCCUUCAUUUUAGACAAUACUAUCCCUGGCACCCCUGAAGAACGAGGCAUCGGGAAGCUGAAACGUGGCGCUGGCCUCAGUGUAGCCGAACUGGAAGGGAUGAGAUCGUACGAUCUGCCGUUUGGAAUGGACUUUAUCCGUAAACACCCCAUCUUCAAGUACAUCCCUAUUAGCCCCACUUUUCAAGGCUACCAGUGGGGGAGAAUACGGGAAGCCUGCAAGAGGAGAAAAGGACAUGGGGAUGCGGCGAAAGGGGGAGGAGUGGGAGGGGAGGGAGGCACAGCACUGGGGGAGAGUCGGGUAUAGCAAACGGGCUGAUGCAACAAAAUCUUAAAUGUUGCUAGAAUGUGGGGAACAAGGGAUGGUACACUAAAAGGAUGGGAGAGUGGAGGACAGAAGCAGUGGAUGAUUCAGGAUUGUGUGGAAGAAAAUGGGAUGCACAAAUCCCCUCGUCAGUAUGCGUUUUGUUAGUUUUUUAGCUUUUGUCAGUCUUUUCCCACAUCCCACUAUGCUAUUUUAGGCAUGCUAUAGCAAGUCACAGCAUGCUAUAAAAUAUGUUACCAUGCAGAGGUUACUUGGUGUGUGUCCAUGUGGGUGUGCAACAAGAGAAUUAACAGGUUUGUGCAAACAUUUAUUUGCACUUUAAUCCAGAAAGAGACAGGUGGACAUUACACAAUCAAAGCUGACUGCCCAAUUCUAUAAAACAAGUUCUGCACAGUAGAUUUGAUUUUAUGAAUUGAGGAUUAUGCAAAUUCUAUUAGAAUUUCCUCUAAACUCAUUAUGCAACCACAUUAGAGGCACACACAUGCUCACACACCAACAGCCUUACCAAAACUAGCUUGAGCGCUACAAUGAACCUGGAUCAUGCAGAUUGAUGGACGUGGUGUGUCAGGUUCCCUUACCCAUGCAAAGUGAUUGUGACAUUUUAUUUUUGCACUGCGUACAUGCCUACUGAGUUCAAAAGCAGAAUUUCAUUCUGCAGCUCGCGCCCCCAUUUCUUCAGUAAAACUCCACAGAGACCCGUUUAGCAGCACAUCACAUCCACUCAUCACACGCUAAAGAAACUCACAUCCCCCAUUUUUUCGUUUUUUUGUUUCCAUGUGGUAGAGUGCUAAUAUUCACAAGAUCUCAAAUUCAACCCAGUUUACAUGUCUUUAAUGUGUCAGUAUUAUGCAUCGGUUACUAACAGGACUUUUCCUAAACACACCCUUGUCUCAUUUGGCUGUCAAAAGGAACUUGACUUGUUUUUCUUAAUUGUGGAACUAGAUUAAAGUUU